CGCUCUUUUUACAUGAUAGAUAGAUAUACAGAUAGAUAGAGUUACUCCGCUGAUAAAAGCAAUGCUUAUGAUUUCUCAACUGCAACGCUUGGGAUUGUUUGUGAGCCGUAGGAUCCUGGGCACAAAUAGCAUCAUCACUUCCAAUUCAACUGCCAGAAUGAGCAGCAAUCAAAACGUUUCUGGCUUGGACACGGACAUCGUGUGGAUGGACCUGGAAAUGACCGGGCUGGACAUCGAAAAGGACAAGAUCCUGGAGGUCUCCUGCAUCAUAACGGACAAGGACCUGAACAUAAAGUCCGAGGGACCCAGCUUCGCCAUCAACCAUCCGCAGGAGGUGUACGACACGAUGAACGAGUGGUGCAUGAAGCACCAUUACGAAUCUGGGUUAAUAGAUCGCUGCAAGAGCUCGGACGUAAAGCCCGAACAGGCCUCCGAUCUGUUGCUCUCCUAUCUCGAGAAGAACAUUCCAAAGCGCGCCUGUCCCCUCGGCGGAAACUCCGUCUACAUGGAUCGACUGUUCAUCAAUAGAUUCAUGCCGUUGGUGGACGAAUAUUUGCAUUACCGCAUCGUGGAUGUGUCCACCAUCAAGGAACUGGCUAGGCGGUGGUGUCCCGAGGUUGCAAAGGCCGCUCCCAAAAAGAUCUUCGCCCAUCGCAGCCGAGACGACAUCCUGGAGAGCAUCAGUGAGCUCAAGUACUACAAAGCAAACUUCUUCAAGUAAAAAGGUUGAGAAUAGUCGCCGUGGCUUGCCAGGACCUACCUUAGAAAUUUAGUGCAUCCAAAAAUAAUCGUUAUUUGAGUUUUAAACUUUGAAUUAAAUUUAUAGUUCCAAGUUGUUAAAGUUCAUAAAUAAGAGUAUAUCUCAAAACAUAUUAUGUUAGAUCACUUAAAUAUAUUUUAAGAGCAUAUAGUGAUGUCAAUAACAGAUAUUCGUAAUUAAUUACUAUUAAAACUUAAAAAGUACACUUAUGUGACCAUUAGUCAUCUACUCGAAAUAUAAACCUCAAUGUGGGAACAAAGCACAUUCAUUGUUAACGCAUUGCUUUGGUUAAUAAGUGAAAAAAUUAGAACGAUUUUGAUAGAACUGUGGUUCCCAGGAACCGGAAUUACGGAUAAAAUAAUAUGUUCCGUCUGUUUCAUUACGGAUAACCACUGUUUUUUGCUUUAGUUGAAAUAAUAAUAUUUUAAAUACAAAAAACAAGAAGUGUGAGAUAUGAUUAUGGGCUUAUAUUUAUUGGCAAGUGCAUUUUGUAAAAAAAGAUACACGAUAGCGCUUACUGAAUUUUCCGUAUAUGCACGGAGAAACAGAACUCUAUCAUAAGAAAUAAGAAUACGAUGGCAAUAAAGAAUUCAAUGCUAGUA